UCCCAAUCCAGGAAAUGUCUGAAACCCAGCUCACGGGAAAAAGUGCUACAGAGGAGGUCGGGAGAGGGCACUGAACGAACUAGAAGCUGUGUUCCGGUGCCCCCACUGCCCGGCGUUCCCACGUGUGCUCAUUUAACAGCCAAAACGCCUGGGAGGUAGACGCAGUUACUGUUCUCAAGUGAGGGACCCAGAAGAGGUUCCGCGGCGACCUUAUGCCAAGAGGCCAGACGCCCAGCUGGGCCCCCAAGGCUCUUGUUGCUACGGGGCCAGAUCCCCUACACAGGGGCUUCUGGACUAAGUCUAGCGAAGCGAGUUGGAGGUCACAGGAUGGGACCAGACAGAGCAGGGCCCCGGCUCCCAGCCUGGGGUGGCAGGAGGCAGGCAGGGGUGGCUCAGCGCCCAGAUGGGGGAGCGGGGGGAGGGAGGCCGAGACGGAAGCGGCAGGCGCAGGGGAGGCGGAGGCAGGCGGAAGGGUUGUCACGGUGGUCUCCCGAGGCGGGUCUUCCCUCCCGCCGCCUGCGGGGUUCGCGACCCCUGCAGAGGCCGCUGACCCCCGCGCCCGCCACAGCCAUGGCCACGCAGCUGCUGGAGGACAAGCUGACCUGCGCCAUCUGCGUGGGGCUCUAGCAGGGCUCGGUGACGCUGCUUUGCGGCCACAACUUAUGCAGAACCUGCAUCCGGGACUGGUGGAGCCGGCGCGAAAUGGCUUGUCCGGAGUGCCGGGAGCCCGUCGCCGACCGGGCCGAGCCGCGCCGCAAAGUGGCCGUCAGCGGCGUGCUCGAAGUUGUGUUCGCGGGGGGCUGCCCCGGCCCCCAACCCCCACUCCCACCCCCGACCCCCGAGCCGGACCCCAGCCCUAGCUCCGCCCUCGGGCCCGAGUCCCGCCCCGGCGCGCUCUGCCCCCUGCACGGGCGGCCCACCGAGGGUAGCUGCGUGUGCAGCGCGUGCACCGUGCGCGAGUGUCGUCUCCACGAGCGGGCACGGCUGGACGCGGAGCGCCGGGAGCAAGAGGCUCUUCCUGUGCCCACCCAGAGCUCAGCCUGCACCCUGGCCUACAUGGUCUCUGGCAAGUUCAGCUGCCUGCUGCAGGCCUUGGAGACGCAGCAGGCCUUGGCACGGACAGUCGAGGUGGCCAAGACACAGGCACUGGCACAAGCCCAGGACAGGGAGCAACAACUGCGGGGCCACCUGGAAGCCCUGGCUCACUAUGACCAUAGGAUCUGGGACCUCCUAGAGCAGUUGGAUGACCAGACCUUCCUCCAGGAAUCACAGUUUCUGGAGCCCCCAGUAUCCCUUGGGCCACUGACUCCUCCCCAGUGGGAUGAAGAUCAUCAACUGGGUGGCCUGAAGGAGUCACUGAGACAUCAGUGUGACCUCCUCCUGGACAAAAGGGGCCACCCCAGGUUACCAGCUGAGGCUGCAGACCUGGGCCCCAUGGAGGCCACGGGUCCCUUGACACCAGUCCCAAGCCAGCUUUGGCCGUGGAGGAAGAACUGGCAGAAUUAUCAGAAUCUGACUUUUGAUCCAGACAGUGCCAGCCGCCACCUCUACCUGUCUCGGCAGGACCAGCAGGUAAGCUUCGUCCGCAGGCCCCGGGGCCCAGUCGGGCCCGGCAGCUUCGAGCUCUGACAGGUGCAGAGCUUCCAGGCGGGGUGGCACUACUGGGAAGUGCCCACAUCUAACCACUCAGUGACAUUGGGUGUCGCCUACCCAGCACUGACACGGCAUAAGCUGGAGCCCCAGGCAGACAACCCUGGCUGCGGGCCCACCUCCUGGGGGUUCUGCAUUCAGGGGGACUGUGCCCAGGCCUGCCACAGUGCAGAGGCCCAGUGCCUCCCAGGGGUGUUGGGAUGGCUCCUGGGCAUGGAUUUGGACCUGGCCUCUGGCUGCCUCACCUUCUGCAGGCUGGAGGCCCAGGCCCUGCACACCUGUCAAGCCUUCUUCACCCAGCCUCUCUACCCCUUCUUCUGGCUCCUAGACGGUAGGACCCUGACCCUGUGCCCUUGGCCUGAAGCCAAGCUCCCUCCAGAGUCCCAGGAAGAUGCCUCGGGCUUUAGCUAAGGAAGACACAGGUUGGAGCUCAUGCCUGUGUGCCUAAGAGCUGCCCUUGCCCCUGCCCCUGCCCCAUGGCCGCAGCUAUAAUGGGACCAGCUGUUGGCCAGAAGAUGGACUAAGGACCAGGCCUGGCCGCUUGGAGAUGGAGGUUCUGCAGAGAGCCCCCAGGCUGGAGUUCACUUUUCCAGCCUCUUGGAAGGAAACAGGGCCUGGGAAGGGAAGAAACUGGGGAACCCCUGCCCCAAGCAGAGCCCGGUUCAGGGUGCUGCCUGGGCCUCAGAGGCUAGUGUGAUGUCCAGGGGCUCCUGUCCUGCAGAAAAGAGCCCUCAUGCAAUGUGGUACACACCAUGGAAAGUGGGGCAAGGCAGCGCCACGCCAAGUGUGGCUUGCCUCCCGCAGAGCUGGUGUGGGGCGCCAGUGUGUGGGCGGGGGAAGCGCAGACAGUUCCUAGAGAAAAUCUAGAGAAAAGUGAUUUUUACCUCCUCUCUCCCUGGCUCUUUUUUCCCCUGAUUAUUUGGGUUUGUUUUAGUCUCUUUUAUUUUGUACAUUCUUGUGAUUGCCUUUGAUAAACAAUUGUGUUUUCUGCAUAGUUUUAUUGUAACAUAAACAUUUUUUACAGUAUUAAAAUUUGUCCCUGAACCAUUACAGUAUACAUGGUCUUUCUAAGGACUAUCAGAAUUCACUUACCCGUUACUGGUAUCCCUCACUUUCCAAAAGUUUGUGUUAUACCACUUCACUUUUACGACACCUACACUGGUAUUUGUGUUCGCUAACAGAAGAAAAUCCAAAGAGGAUUUUCACGUUUACAAAAAAAGUCUUACCAUACUACCAUGGGUCUUGUGUAAAAUCAGUGGCAUAGCUCGAACUUUUGAAAACGAGGGAUACUCUGCUCUAUGCCAUUUUGGCUUACAAAAGUUUUCAUAGAGACGCUCCACAUUCGGUUAGUGGAGGAAACCUGUAUUGGGCAUUCAAAUUUAUUUGUUUGGGGCUAUAAAAAGAUUGCUGUGAUGAAUAUUCUUGAGCAGGAAGCCGUGACCAUGUUUAUGGCUACGUGUAAAGGCUAACGUACCAAAGUAGAAUUCCUCAAAACAGAAAAAACAAUAAGCACUUGAAAAUUUUAUUUUCAUACGAAAGGCCAAAAUGAAGCAACCACAAGUCAGGCCAACUAGUGCCCGUCCCCCACUCCAGUCGCAUCAGCCAAGUCAGCGCGGCAGACCCGGGCCCUGUGUCAGCCCUGCCGGCUGUGGGAUGAAGGGCAGUGAUGUGUGUGAGUGCCAGGACAGCGCGAGCUCCCCUUGGUUUGGUUUCUGGUGCUCAGACAUGCUUCGGUGAAGAUGUGUUUUUGCUUGUGUUUCUGGAAAUGGAGCUGCUGGGUCAAAGGGCAGCUGUAAUUUCUUACUUGAAGCAUUUUGCUUGAUUCAGGUCAUGGUUACAAGGGUGUUUGCUUUAUAAGUUUUAUAUUGUGCAUAUAUGUUUUAUAUACACCUGUAUAAAUACUUCACAAUAAAAAUUUAAGAAGAUAACAUGCAAAAACACAUUCCCCAAAAGUGCAAUUUUUUAAAAAGUACAGAACGUUUCACAGAUUUGCAUGAUAUCCUUGCACAGGGGCCAUGCUAAUCUACUCCAUAUUGUUCCAAUUUUAGUAUAUGUGCUACUGAAGCAAGCACUAAAUAUUUUCGUAUCUGUGGAAAAUAUAUCUCCCUCCCAUAUUGUAACCUGGCGGAGCUGAUGCCACAGUUGCAAAUGACAUCUUGUGGCCUUGCUCCUUGGCUGUGUGGCUCUCUGUUUAAGGGUAGGGCCAGGCCUCUGAUUGGUACAGCCUGGGCAAGAAGCUUCCAGAAAAAUUCCUAUGGUGGGGAGUUUCUGAAAUGUGUGGAGGGGGUUCUAACACUGGGAAGCCCCACAGAAUGACAGGAGACAGUGGGGACCUUGCUGAUCAGCUGGGUUAAGAGCAGUUGU